AUGUUUAUCGAUUCUUAUCUGGUCGGAUUGAUGCGCCAGGAGUUUUUUGACCCAUUAAACGCAAGAAAAACCCUACUCGUGUUCUGUUGUGCGCUGUCUUGUGUACUGUUCGUGCAAUAUUUGUUUCGGUUAGUGUGUCAAAUUAAGAAGCUUCCACCAGGUCCUUGGGGCGUGCCGAUAUUUGGCUAUUUGACAUUUAUCGGGCACGAAAAGCACACCCAAUAUAUGAAACUGGCUAAAAAGUAUGGAUCGCUGUUUAGUGCCAAGUUGGGGGCACAGCUUACUGUUGUGAUCAGCGAUUACAAGAUCAUUCGCGAGGCUUUCAAAACUGAAGAAUUCACCGGCCGGCCUCAUUCUCCACUGUUGAAAACCAUAGGAGGUUUUGGUAUAAUCAACAGUGAAGGACCACUGUGGAAAGAUCAAAGACGGUUUUUACAUGAAAAGCUGCGUAAUUUCGGUAUGACGGUACUCGGCAAUAGAAAACAUCUGAUGGAAAAUAGAAUCAUGACGGAAGUCACCGAACUUUUACUCACAUUGAGUGCCGUAGGUAACAAGUCCACUGAUCUUAGUCGAUACCUGUCGGUUUCAGUGAGUAAUGUAAUCUGUAACAUUAUAAUGUCGGUGAGGUUUUCGAUCGAUGAUCCCAAGUUUAAACGUUUCAAUUGGCUCAUAGAAGAGGGUAUGAGGCUUUUUGGUGAAAUUCAUACGAUCGAUUACAUUCCUCAAAUACAAUAUCUACCUGGUAAUAUUAAUGCAAAGAAUAAGAUUGCCAAAAACCGGGAGGAGAUGUUUGAUUUCUACCGUGAAAUCAUUGAAGAACAUAAACGAACAUUUGACAGCAGUAAUAUACGGGAUAUUGUCGAUGCAUACUUGGCGGAAAUCGAGAAAGCCCGUGCGGAAGGACGCGAUGCCGAACUCUUCGAGGGUAAAGAUCACGAGAUCCAAAUGAUGCAAGUGAUAGCUGACCUGUUUUCAGCCGGAAUGGAAACGAUAAAGACGACGCUGCUAUGGCUGAACGUGUUCAUGCUGCGGCACCCGGAUGCAAUGAGACGUGUACAGGACGAGCUAGACCAGGUGGUCGGGCGUAAUCGACUUCCAAAGAUCGAGGACGUACCAUAUUUACCGAUCACCGAGACUACCAUUCUGGAGGUGAUGAGAAUUUCCAGCAUUGUGCCACUUGCCACGACGCAUUCGCCGAAGAGGUAA